AUGAGCGAAGGCCUCGUCAAGAGGACGUCCUCCUCGGAGGGCGCCCACGAUGUCGAGAAGACGGGCUACCAGACCCAGACCUACGAUGCCGACAAUGUCCACAUCCGCGGUAUGGAGACCAGCGGGGAGACCUCGCUGCAUCGCGGUCUUAAGGCUCGCCACAUCACCAUGAUUGCCAUUGGCGGCGCCAUCGGUACCGGUCUCAUCAUCGGAACCGGCAAGGCCCUCGCCCAGGCCGGCCCCGGCUCCGUCUUCAUCUCAUACACUCUCAUCGGUUUCAUCGUCUUCCUCGUCAUGGCUGGUCUCGGUGAGAUGGCUGCCUGGCUUCCCAUCUCCUCUGGAUUCACCGGCUACGCCUCGAGAUUCUGCGAUCCCUCGCUCGGCUUUGCCCUCGGCUGGACUUAUUGGUUCAAGUACAUCAUCGUCACGCCCAACCAGCUUACAGCCGCCGCCCUCGUCAUCCAGUUCUGGGUGCCGCGCGAGACCGUGAACCCGGGUGUCUUCAUCGCCAUCUUCCUGGUCGUCAUCAUCGCCAUCAACUACUUCGGUAUCAAGUUCUUUGGCGAAUUCGAGUUCUGGCUUUCCAGCUUCAAGGUCGUCACCAUUGUCGGAAUCAUCCUCUUCGCCCUCAUUCUGGCCCUGGGCGGUGGCCCCGACCACGACCGCAAAGGCUUCCGCUACUGGCAGAACCCUGGUGCCUUCAAGGAGUACAUCGACACCGGCGCAAGCGGUCGCUUCCUUGGUUUCUGGUCUUGCAUGAUCAACGCCACUUUCGCCUACCUGGGAACUGAGCUCGUCGGUGUAACCGUUGCCGAGGCCCAGAACCCCCGCAAGACCGUCCCCCGUGCCAUCAAGCUGACCUUCUACCGCAUCUUGUUCUUCUACUGCUUGAGUGUCCUCCUCGUCGGCAUGCUCGUCCCUUACAACUCCCCGGAUCUCGUCUUCGCCAACAAGGCCCAGGCCGGCGCCUCCGCUUCACCUUUCGUCGUCGCUGCCACGCUCGCUGGUGUCAAGGUCAUCCCCCACAUCAUCAACGCCUGCAUCUGCGUCUUCGUCUUCUCCGCAUCCAACUCGGACUUGUACAUCGCUAGUCGUACCCUCUACGGUCUGGCCUCUGACGGCUCUGCCCCCGCCAUCUUCAAGCGCACCGACAAGCGUGGUGUUCCCAUCUACGCCCUCGGCUUCUCCUCCCUCUUCUGCCUGCUGGCCUUCAUGAACGUUUCCAACGACUCCAAGACCGUUUUCGGCUACUUCGUCAACCUCACCACCAUUUUCGGUCUGCUGACCUGGAUCUCGAUCCUCGUCACCCACAUCUGGUGGUGCAAGGCCCGCAAGGCCCAGAACAUCCCCAACGAGAUCCUCCCCUACGUCGCUCCCCUCGGCAUCUGGGGAUCCUACGGCGCCCUGGCCCUCUGCAUCAUCGUCGCGCUCACCAAGAACUUUGACGUCUUCACCGGCGGCGACUUCGGCAAGGAGAAGUACAAGACCUUCAUCACUGGUUACCUCGGUAUUCCUCUCUACCUCAUCCUCAUCUUCGGCCACAAGCUCUACUACAAGACUCGUGGCGUCAAGUCCCACGAGGCCGACUUCUACACCGGCAAGGACAUCAUCGACCGCGAGGAGGAGGAAUUCCUGGCUCGCACGGCUGCCGAGAAGGAGGCUAGAGGUGGCAAGGACGGCAAGUUCGGAUGGUUCUACAACACCUUCCUGUCCUGGCUGUUCUGA